CGGAGGUGAGUUGACCGAAAAUUUGCACGUCUCAUGAUUGUACCUGUGAAAUUGUUCCGACACUCCAGUCAGGUCGUUGAUGUUCUGCGCCUUCUUACAGUGAACGACAUUUGCUCAAGCGCCCAAAUCUUGAGACCGAAACGAAAUUGUAACGUCGAAUGUUUGCAGACUAGGACGACUUUUCUUGUUCAGAAGCGGUUGCAUUGUCACAUCAGACAAGGCGAGAGUCCCUCUCAUCACAACUCGGGAAUCAAGCCGAUACGGUCUCAUCAGAAGCGGGUCUACUCGGUAUAUCGGUCAGGAGAAAGUUGCCGCGAUUCAAUGGCAGACGGGAGCGCUCUUCCUCCACCUAGGGGGAUCAAUGGCGGGGAGAGUGGUUAUGAGUCUGGCGUCAGCUCUGAGCGUGCAGAACAACCUCCUUCACGUCUCGAAACCACAGGCAAUAAUGGAGUAGAGCAGCAGCAGCAACAGGAAGACCAGGAACAAGAGCAGUCCAAGCUCUCCAAGAACCAGCUCCGCAAACUCAAGCGCAAAGCUCAAUGGGAAGAAGCGCGCGAAGAGCGCAAGCACAAACGCAGGGAGAAGCGCCAUGAACGGGCCGCCCGCCGCCGCUCCGAGAAGGAAACUCUCCUUGCCGAUGCUGCCGCGGCCGGCCUCGAUCCAGCCACCGUUCUUCCCGCCAAACCUAAGCCUGUCGCCGGCACGCGGGUUCCUGUCGCCCUCAUCCUCGACUGCGACUUCGAGGAAUACAUGCGCGAGAACGAGCUCAUCUCCCUGGCCAGCCAAGUCACACGGUGCUACAGCGACAACCGACGAUCCCCGGUCCAGACGCACCUGUACAUCAGCUCGUACAAGGGCAAGCUGCGUGAGCGCUUCGAGACCACCCUGAAAAGCCAACACGUGCAUUGGAAGGGCGUCAAGCUCGUCGAAGGAGACUACGUCGAGGCCGCACGCGACGCGGCGGAAGCCAUGCGGGGCCCCCACGGCGGUGAGGUCAUCGACGUUCUCAAGGGCGACGACGGCAAACCGGCAUUGCGACGGGAUGAAACGGAUCCGACCCCCCAGGCCGAGCCGGAGCCGGAGCCGGAGCCGGAGCCGACGGAAGAAGAACUCAAAUCCAUCGUCUACCUGUCGGCCGAGUCGCCUAACACCCUGGAUCGUCUGGAGCCCAACACUAACUACAUCAUCGGAGGACUUGUGGACCGCAACCGGGAAAAGGGCCUGUGCCACCGGCGUGCACGGGAAAGGGGCAUUCGCACCGCCAAGCUCCCCAUCGGCGAGUAUCUUCAGAUGGCCAGCCGGCGAGUGCUCGCCACCAAUCAUGUCGUCGAGAUCAUGCUCAAAUGGCUCGAGCUGGGCGACUGGGGCAAGGCGUUUCUGGAAGUCAUCCCCAAGCGCAAGGGGGGCGUUCUCAAGGGGACUGCAACGUCAGAGGCGGGCGAUGCCAGCAUUGCUGACGCGGACGAUAGCAGGUUUGACGAGGAGGCGGACGAAGAUAUAGAUGCGAGACACACUCUCACCGAGGGUGUGCAGCCGGCCAUGGAGCCUGCGAACGGCGCAGGUGGUGUACAAAAGACAACGGCGACAGACUCAUGGCCGAUAAAAAAAUCAUGAGAGAUAUAUACCAACCCAAAUAUCCAGUACUACAUACGUACAUGCUAUCUAACCAUAGUGAGCCUG